UUCGAUUUUUUUUCCCUGAGAUUAAGAAAGGUUUCAGUUGGAUGAGAGCUGAGUGACAUCUAUGUUCAGUGACAUCAGCUUUAAUGAUUGCUGGAUGAGAUGAAACUGCUUUAACUCAGUAACAGGGCUCCCAGUGGAAACUGUGAUUUUUGAAAACAUUUUAAGAUGUGUUUAAUUCUAUUUCUGACUUAAAGGGACUACUUCUGAUGAGCACUGAGGAGAGAAGUACUUGUGAUAUAAUCUAAGGAAGUUGAAGCUUCCGCUAAGACGCAGCUACCUAGUGACAUCUGCUUUUUACUGCUGUGUGGGUAGCAUCUCCCUGGGAGAGCUACCUGAAGAGAAGCAAGUGAUUCUGCACCCUUAGAGUAAAGAACCGUCUUCACAUCAUCCAAGAAGAAAGGAAGAAAAAAGCUGCUCAGGUGAUUAGGCAGUUUUAAGAAUUCUUGCAUCAUCAGAAGUGGGUGUAAUUUGUGAGUAUAUGUUUUUAAGUAUUCAAAUAUAUUAUGCUGAACCAAGAUUAGAUUCAGGUAUGUCUGGGUGGAGUUGCUGCAAAGCUGUCAUUUCUACACCAUUGGUGUCAAACGGUUCUUGUAACUUUGUGACUUGUAAAUCAGAUUAAAUUCCUCUCUGUGUAGAAUGGAACAGAACCGUAGGCUGGAAAGGUGUCAUGCUUGAGACUACACACAGUAGGUCUCAGAUAUUAAUCUGAGAUAGUCAGUGUUCACUGGUAUGUAGCAGCAACACCCAGAGCAGACAAGCAAAGCUAAGAAACUCCUCUUCUGCUUUCUAUUCAUAAAAUGAAGACAAAGAGGAAGAACAUAGCUCAGGCUUAGAGUUCUGAUAUGUUAGGCUAAAAAAGUGCCACUUGUGAUGUGAAUAAUACACACAAGUAAGAACAGUACUCAGACUUGAAUUUCUGGUAUGUUAGGCUAAAAGAAUAAUGCUGUGAUGUGAAUAACACACAGACUCAUAAGUCAGCAUAAUAUUUGCCCUGUGUCCAACUUACAUCACUUAAAAUUCUGCCUAUUAGAAAAGAACAUACAUAUGAAGAUGACAAACACCUGUUAGUCAUUUAGCCACGGAAAAUAAGCACUUAUUGAAAGCUCAUGAUAUCUUUCAGUAAAUGUAAUUUCAUAAGAAAAGUCUGAUGCAUGUUUAUCACUGUCUUCUUGUGGUGGGUGAGAUAUGUUUGAUGGGAAAGGUGGGUGAGUGAAAUUCUGAACUGCUAUAAACAAUGAGUUGGAUUUUUACUUUGCUCUACUUUGGAACUUAACCCUCUCUGAUUUGACACCUGUGACCCACAUCUUUCAUUCCCAUGCUUUCCUGUCAUCCAUUUGAACAUCGCUUUGUACUUGACAUGCAAGUUGCACAGUGCUGCAUGGACUGAGCACAUGCAUGCUAAGGACAGUAGUGUGUUCAAGUGUGCACAUGCAUCCAUCCCAUAAUGGUUACAUAAUGUCUGAGAACCUGCAGUGAGUCGUGUGCCAAGCUGAGAGUUAGUCACUCGUGAUUCAGGUUUGCGGAGUAACCACACUCUCUUGACGCACUAAAAGUUACUGACAUUUUUAUAUUCUUUUCUCAGAACUGGGGGAAAAAACAUGAAUCCUUCAAGUACAGAGUCCCUUGAAGUUGAACUCUCAACCUUUUAUGACUAUUACGAUACUUAUUAUGAUGCUCCAAAACUAUGCAGUAAAGAAGGUGUCAGGAGAUUUGCAGCCUCCUUCCUACCUGUUCUGUAUUCCCUGGUAUUCCUGGUCGGGCUCACUGGAAACAUUCUGGUCAUCGUGGUUCUCUUAAAGUACAAGAGGCUAAAGAGCAUGACUGAUGUGUACCUGCUAAACCUCGCCAUCUCAGAUUUGCUCUUCGUUUUAUCUUUGCCAUUCUGGUCUUAUUUCUCAGUAGACCAAUGGGUUUUUGGGACUCCUUGGUGUAAAAUCAUUUCAUGGAUCUACCUGGUAGGGUUUUACAGUGGGAUAUUUUUUAUUAUGCUAAUGAGCAUAGACAGAUACCUGGCAAUUGUCCGUGCAGUGUUUUCCUUGAAAGCAAGGACCGCCUUCCAUGGCUUGAUUACUAGCCUUGUUGUAUGGCUAGUAGCUCUUUUUGCCUCAGUCCCUGAGCUUGUAUUUAGAGAGUCUUUUAAUGAACAUAAUUAUACUACCUGCAAGCCGGUAUUUCCAGGCAAUUUCACAACAUGGAAGCUUUUUUCCACGUUGGAAGUCAACAUUUUAGGGCUCCUAAUCCCUUUUAUAAUUAUGACAUUUUGCUACUCCAUGAUCAUCAAAACAUUAGUUCACUGUAGAAAUGACAAAAAGAAUAAGGCUGUGAAGAUGAUUUUUGCUGUCAUGGUUGUGUUUUUCUUUUUUUGGACCCCCUACAACAUUGUUAUUUUCUUACAACUGCUGGAAUUUAUGGGAGUCAUUAAAGACUGUCAGGUGAGCAGAAGUCUGGACUAUGCUUUCCAAGUAACUGAAAUCCUUGGUCUUUUUCACUGUUGCCUCAAUCCAGUCAUCUACUUCUUCAUGGGGGAGAAGUUUAAGAAGUACCUGAAGAUGCUCUUCAAGAACUGGCAGUUACCUGGGUAUUUCUGCAAGUGGUGUGGAGUUCACAUCACUUAUCACACUGAAUCUACUAGCUCAUUCCACACACAGUCUACAGGGGACCAAGAUGGUCUGUAACGCAUUUCACACCAGCCACUGAAUUCAGCAGCAAGCAAACUGACAACAGCAGCAACUUUGAAAAGCAGGAAUUUUGAAACGCUAAGCAAAUGCAGACACAUUUAACAAUAAGCUAGUGCUGGACAAUUACUUACUUCAGCUUUAUUUGUGCCUCUAGAUUUUCUGAGUAUUAUGACAGAAGAUGUCCCAAAUGUGGAACAUGGGAGAUGGACAUGCAAGGUUUCUCUGCUGUGAUUACAAAUUACUGCUCAGCUCUGUGCAAAGCACUGCACUGUGUGGCUUCUUUUUCUCCAGCACCAAGACAUUGGCCUGCAUGGAGGGGCAGAUGUGAGACAGCACCUUGACAUCAGCACAUGCACUUGGAAAACAUAUUCAUGUUUUCAAGAAGGAUGAUUAUAACCACACUUUUUGAUUCUGCAGUUACCUGUGGAGGACUUGUUCACUCAUGACUCUUAGGUAACUAUUAGCAGUGCCUGCUACUUUAAAAUGUUUCAUUUCAGGGGGGAUGAUAUAUCCCCUGUUAUUAAGAAAAAGGGCAAAAUAUAUUCUCUAUGUGCACAAAGACACAAAGAAAAGCCAUUAUUUUUCAUUGUAAGUAUGUUUUCUCUCAGGUGUAUAUGUGUGUUUAUA